AUGCAAAAAGCAUCUGCGACAGCACUUCUGCUGUCCAGCCUCUCUCUUCGCCAUGUUCUUGGCUUCGGUACCAUCAACGAACCAGCCAUCGUCGGCCAACAUUGCGAACAUGAGCGCAUCACGAGAGCUGCAUUCGCCUGUCCGCCCGGUGCCGUGAUAUCCGAUGGACGAUGCUUCGAGGAGCUGAGCCUCCACCAGCUUUCUGGAAGAUCCGAUAUCUAUGUCGGCCAGGGCUCGAAUGGAGCAGUCGGCGCUCCGGACAUGCUAGAUCCGGUACCGGAGGGACCCGAAGCCCACUGCGAUAAUGCAGAUUUCUUGGACGCUCAACUUUUUAAUCUUGGGGACGAGUACCCCGUCACGCGCCAGCAAGCAUCGGACCAGCUCCAGAUAUGCAUCAGCCAUAUGCGAGGAAGAAUCGAGGAAGGCAUCGACGCUGCCGACAAGAUCGUGGAUGCGGGAGCGCGGAUCAUCGCGCCUGAAGUAGACAUCAGCACGCUGGACUGCAGGUUUUCCUUCCCAGCGUUGCAGAUGCACGUUUUCGCAAGAGCCAAGUGCUCUGCCAUAGAAGGCUUCGGACGAGCGUUGCAUGGUAUCCAGGACUUCUAUGCACACAGCAACUGGGCCGACGAUGCCGAACCGCCAUUUGGACCCAACAAUCCGCCGGGGCUGAAACGAGUCGAUUCACCCGUGUUUCUUGACCUCCGUGGUGAAAACGACAUCUCCGAACAGGUCCCACACAACCUAUCCACCGGUUGCUUUGGCGGCCUCUUCACGGACGGGCCCGUGGGGAAGGCAGGCCAUCCGCUAGAGCCAGGCUCCAUUGAUUGCACCGGACGCAUCACUCACCACACCCUCAACAAGGACAACGGAUUGAUCGACCAAAUCACCGGAAACGUCAGCACCCCAGGUCCAAACACGCCGCGCAGCGACUUCCCUGGGAACUUCCAACGCGCUGUGUCUGCUGCCAUCCAAGACUCCCGCCGACAGUGGCGCCAUUUCAGAGAGUCGAUCCGGCGAACGUACGGCACGGAGCGGGGCAACAUCAUCAUCUGCGCCCUGGUUCGAGACAAGCCUGCUACCGACUGCUAUGGACGCCGCGUCGCGAUCCUGCGCGAUGUUGUGAAGACUGCGAACAGGAUCGCAGAGAUGCAGAUACCCAUCCACACGUGGCUGUUGGAAGAGCUUGCAGACAAACCACACGACGAAGGCCCAGGAGAAGGGCUGACCGAGCAGAACUCGACGAAGAGCAGAGGAUCAAGCGACGAUCUGUAUAGACUGCAUCCCGACGAUAUCGACAUGGACUGCGACACCAACACGAGCCCUGAUCUUGGAGCAGCCUUGCGUGAACUUGUACAUCAUUCUUCGCCACUGCCGAACAACAAAACGGCCAUAGUAGCCUUGACAUGCGCCCGCAAUGCCGACCUCGCAGAGCAAAUCGCCCAUGUAUGGCACGCAGGGGACGAGGGCACACGAAUGCACUUUGGAAUCCUCCCCUCCAAAGGCCAAACCAAGUACGGACCCCAGCCACGGCACCAAAGCGUCCUGAGUGGCAGAGUGCGAGAAGACGACCUCAUCACCGCCGUCCUCCGAACGGGCGGCACCUACAGCAUCCUCCACAACCGCGAAGCCAUACCGCGCUUCAUCGACCACGUCAUUUCGCGCGGCCUCACGCAGUACGACAACGCGCGCGACACGGCCACGCUCCUCCCCGCCGGCCUCUCCGUCCGCGACUACGUCACCCCCGAUUCCGAACCGCGCCGCUACUCCUUCGACGCAAACUACACCGACAACGUCGUCAUAGCCGUCGCGCCCACGACUCCCAAGCUCGCACUGCACGUCACCGUGCGCCAUGUGCGGAAGAACAUGGUGCUGAGCGAGCAGUACGUUGGACUUGGAGGCAACACAUCGUUUCGAGCCGAGCUGGACAUGGACGAUAUACCGCGGACGGAUGCGUGGUUUGAGCUCGAGGUGGCUCACGUGCAGCGAGAAGGGUUGGUGGGGCGGGGGCUGUUCGAGGUCAGUAUCGAGACGGAGCAUGUUGGCUCGGGUGCGCAGCAGGAUGGGCACGAUGAGCUGUGA